GUUACAUUCUUUAGGAUUGAAAGAGAUCAAAGAAAAUCACAAUCGAGAUAUUUAAUGUUUUUUUAAAUUUUCUUUUUCAAAAUUGAAUCAAGUUGUAUCUUUUUUAUGUGACAAAAACAAUCAACAUCAUGAAGCAUCACGAAAGAUUAAAAAAAUGCAAUGAUGAAAAACUGAUGACAGACUUCAAAACUUCAGAACGUAACUGAUAAAGAAACAUGAGUUUCAAUCUAGUCAUUUUUUUGUAUUUUUUUCGUCGUUUGAAAAUUGGCGUCAACAAUCGAAUCAGUGAAACGAUAACAAAGGUGUUAUAUCAAUCGACAAGUUGAAUGUUUGGACGAUGAAUUCAUAAUGCAUUAAUUGACGUGAGUGUGACCCCGAAUGAUUGAUGGAACCGAUGAAUAUGGCGGAUCAGAGUCAAUUAUCGAUAAUCGUGGUCAAUGCCACUGGUUUUGAUAAUUUCACCGAGGACGAAUUUUUGGAGAACGUCCUGGGACCGAAGCAUUUACCGUUAAAGCUUGUAUUACCUGUGACCAUUACUUACGUCAUGAUAUUCAUUACUGGAGUUUUUGGCAACGCAGUCACGUGUGCAGUCAUCACUAUAAAUCCUGCUAUGCAAACGGCCACUAAUCACUAUCUCUUCAAUCUUGCUGUUUCCGAUUUAAUGCUACUCGUGCUUGGCUUACCUAACGAACUAUGGGUAUUUUGGCAACAGUAUCCUUGGGAGUUUGGUCUAACCGUGUGCAAGGGACGAGCUUUCAUUUCUGAAAUGUCUUCUUACGUAUCAGUAUUAACCAUAGUUGCGUUCUCUUUGGAGAGAUACUUGGCAAUUUGUCAUCCUUUACGUCUUUAUGUUAUGAGCGGUUUGAAACGACACAUGUUCGUCAUCGUAGCUGCCUGGAUUGUGGCACUGGUUUGUGCGCUGCCAUUCUGCUGGUACACCGAACUCAAUUAUGUUGAGUGGCCACCGUAUUCGAGGAACAUCUCGAGAAAUUCAGCAGUCUGUGCAAUGUUGAAUAUGCCGGAUCUCCCUUUGUAUGAAAUGAGCUGUAUUAUAUUUUUCCUCGGACCCAUGGUGAUGAUAAUGUGGCUCUACGUUCAUAUAGGCAGAGCCAUUCAAGGCACGACUCUUGGACACAGAAUAGAUGGUACAGUUCAUGGCGAGACUAGGCCAUCGCAAUCUCGCAAGGCCAUCGUUAGAAUGCUCAGUGCAGUCGUUAUAACUUUUUUUAUUUGCUGGGCGCCUUUUCACGUGCAGCGUUUACUCUGGGUUUAUACCCAACCAAGAACGUUUGCGAAGAUAAAUGAGUGGCUAUACCCGUUAGCUGGUUCUCUCUACUACUUCAGUACGACGAUAAAUCCGAUAUUAUACAACGUCAUGAGUGCCAAAUACAGAAAAGCUUUUAAACAGACUCUGCGAUGUUCACCUCCAAGUAAUCAUCAUUUUCAUAGAGAUGUGGAUGUGGCCAGUACAAGACAAGGAACGUUCUGUCGAUGCAGAUCUUCAAGUAGCUCCCGGAUUGUACGAGUACAGAGUGUGCUGAAAAAUCACAAGACUAAUAGGAACCCAAAGGAUCUCGUUCUCUCGCCUUUGCCAGACGACGAGAACGUUGAUUAUCACAAAAAUCAUAAACAUCAUGAGAAUUACGAUCGCAACGGUAUGUUAAGCCUGAAAGCUUCGACGGAAUCCAUCGAUGAGUCCAAUCCUGCGUACAAUAAAACGUUAAAAUCUUCAAUAGUGAUCGAUCGGAUAAACGGAACAACUAAUUGUCGAAAAGAUGAAAAAAGCGGAAGAGCUUUUUUUGGUGAAACCCAAAUUUAAUCGAAAGCAAGAUGAAAACAAAAUCAAAACUAUACUCCACUACGUGUAUUAUAUCCUGAAAUCAACGAGCUUCGAACACUUUGUGUAAAAAUACCAUCGAGCUUUCAAAAUCUAUUCUAUGUAUAUUACGAUUGUCAAAAUAACAAAUAAAAAUAUAAUUUUACGAUAAAUAUAAUUUACGAUAUAAAUUAAAAAAUAAUAACGAUAUCAAAGCAAUUAUUUAUCAACCAAUCCUGUAAACCGAAUGGAGUUGUACCACUUGAGAAAAUUAAUGGAAAUAAUAACGUUUUCUUGUGAAAAAAAUUUCUCAAAUUCUUACAUCAUACAGUUUCUUCAUGAAAGGAAUUAAUUAAGCUUAUGUAGGAUACUUUAUUUUUUAUUUUGCUGAGUAUAUUCUUCGAGUGAAGACAACAGUAUACACAAUGGCUACAAAUAAGCAAAGAGUCGUUCUGGAAAUAA